AGCAUCCUCUCACCCUCGGCACUGUAGACUAGAUGCCUGUGGUGAGCGCGUCAGUGGACGCGUUUCUUGUAGCCGCGGUCAUCGUUCUCGUCUCGACCGCGUUCAUCAUGCGCCGCCAACCUGACUUGCUCACCCUCCACAACGCGCUCACUCUAUUCGUCGUCUUCCACACUCUGUCGAUACUUUAUACCAUCUUUCUACACUGGCCACCAAACAUCUUUCAGAGGCUAAAGAUACCCUUGACCACACCAUCCGACACGAUACGCACCGUGCUGCUGCAAAGUGCAGGACUACCCUCCGACGCGCCGCUGCCGAAACCACUAGAGACGCUCCUCACGCGUCUGUCUUCGUUCGACAUGCGUACGCUCUACGUUAGAUUCGGCCAGACGGUCAUUCAGGACUGUGAAUACUGCACGACGUUUGACGAGUACCUCAUCUUCGCUGCGCCACGGCUAGGGUUGGGAUAUAUCAAAGAGGCGGCAUUGGCUGGCCUGAUAACCAUACAAGGGAGCGGACGCGAGCGGUGGAGAACAUACGCGGUCGCGCUGCUUGUUGCGGGCUUCAUCGUGGAAGGCUACUGGGUGGCCACUACGCCAAUAGGUAUCCCGCGCGACGGCCGUAACGUUUUCAUGUGGCACGACAACCUCUGGAUGGUCCGCCACCUGCUCUUCCUCGUGUUCCCAAUCCUCCUCCACGCCCUCCCCAAAUCACCCCCAAAACCGAACCCCGCGCCACUCAUGACCAUCGCGCGCGCACAGCUGCAAAAAGCACAGCAGCAGCUCGUCAACACGCGCUUCGUCCAUGCCGCGAUGGAGCGCCAGCCCGCGCUGCGUGCGGCCUCGACGGAGUGGUGGGAGCGCCAGCGCGUGGAGGGCGAGUGGGCGCGCUCGGACGAGCACGUCCGGCGCGCCGCGGAGAAGCUGGGGAAGGGCAUACAGGAGGGCGCGGAGGGCCCUGCGGGGAAGCUCAGCCAAAGGACGAAGGACGCGCUGCGCCAGAUAUUCGAGAGCUUGGGGCUUACUAUUCCUCAGUGA